UGCCCACGUUGACAAGCCACCUGAGGCCACCUGAUAUUCACCCAACUGAUAUCCUCUUCCUUCUUGUUGUGUAAUGUUUAACCCGGUACACACUUACAUGUGUGAGCUCUUGACUAGAAUUUAAAGUAAUAUUUGAAGUAUAGACUUUAAUGAAUCACCUGCCUGCCAUCGGGAGUAAAGAUUGAUUCAGAGGUGAAAAGUCCACUUAUGGAGAGUACGUCAGUCCGGGCCUCCGUCCUCCAUGCCUGCUCCCCCGGGCUACACUCGACUAGAGCAGAAUGAGCCUAUGAGCGCCCUGCGUAUCUCUGUAGGAGGCCUUCCCAUGCUGACUUCCAUGGCCAAUCCCACUGACCCUCGUUUCCGCCUUAAGUGGAGGCCCAUUGUGGCUGUGGCUGCCUCCCUGGCCUUGGUCUUACUGCUCUUCAUGCACUUGAGCUCAGGCUUUCGGUCCCGCUCCUACAACUCACACGGCUGGAAAGCCGGUCACAGUGACAGCCAUCAGUCAAAUAUCCAUUACAAUGACACCUACCCUCUCAGUCCGCCUGAGCGCACGCCGCAGGGCACCCGCUACCGCAUUGGAGUCAUUUCCGACCUGGACACAAGCUCUCUUAGUGACAAGAAGAUGACAUGGUUCAGCUACAUGCGGCGGGGGUACUUGCUGGUCUCCGAGAGUGGUGACAAGGUGGCAGUUGAAUGGGAUGCGGACAGCGUGUUGCUGGAAAGCCACCUGUCGGAAAAAGGCAGGGGUAUGGAGCUGUCUGAGCUGGUGGUGUUCAACGGGAAGCUCUACAGCGUCGAUGACAGAACGGGUGUAGUCUACCACAUAGACGGUGACAAAGCUGUGCCCUGGGUCAUCUUACCUGAUGGUGACGGCAGCGUUGCCAAAGGGUUCAAAGCUGAGUGGCUGGCAGUGAAAGACGAGCACCUGUAUAUCGGUGGUCUGGGGAAGGAGUGGACCACCACUGCAGGCGAGUUUGUCAACAACAACCCAGAGUGGGUGAAAGUAGUUGGCUUCAGAGGGGAUGUACAACAUCAGAACUGGGUUCCCCGGUACAAAUCCCUGAAGUCUGCUGCAGGGAUAGAGCCUCCAGGUUAUCUUAUCCACGAGUCAGCAGCAUGGAGCGACACCCUGCAGCGCUGGUUUUUCCUGCCUCGCCGCGCCAGCACCGAGCGCUAUGAAGAGACAGCAGAUGAGCGUCGUGGCACGAACCUCGCCCUUAGCUGCUCCCCAGAUUUCAAAGACAUCAUUGUAAGUCGGGUGGGUCCCCUUAACCCCACUCACGGUUUCUCCUCCUUCAAGUUUGUCCCCAACACAGAUGACCAGAUCAUUCUGGCGCUCAAGUCAGAGGAAGACGCUGGAAAGAUCGCUACAUACAUUACAGCCUUCACACUUGACGGACGCAUACUUUUACCUGAAACCAAGAUUGGAGAUGUGAAAUAUGAGGGCUUAGAGUUCAUAUAGAGGGCUCAAGGACUGAGGGACUCGCUCUUGAGGCCACUGCACUGUGGUUCUUUUUUUGUUUACAAUCCAGUCAUUGUUGAAGUCAAUGUACUCGCUGUUUCCUCAUAAAGGACACGUAUCCAGCCUUUAAAGGAUCAGCUUCAAUAAAAACAGAAGACCUAUGGACUGAGACUGCAAAGCGUGGUCCUGUUUUGGGUUUCAAGAAAGUGCCAAUCAGACCAAACAAUGCCAGCAUGUCUUGUGGGUGCAUCAUCUCAAUCCCAGGACAAAUGUGGCCCUAAACAGCACUGUAGCCUUUCUUAUAAUGAAUGUACAAAACACUGAUUUAUCAAACUGUGAUUUUUUUUUCUCUAAAGCAUACAUUGUCAUGCACAUACUGUACACUCGCAGAAGGUUAAAGGUUUUUCCCCUAUGCUCCAUGUUAAACAACAUCAUCCUGUACACGACAAACAUGUUUAUUUCCGUGGACUAACUAAAAGCUUGUUUUUAUUCUUCAUAGAAAUCAACAUUAUUUGAAGGAUGCUGUGGUGAAAAAUGAAUUAUACUGUAUGUAAUGUAUUUUUGGGGGUGGGGGGGUUGACUGAGUAAAAAUAUUGAUUCCUA